AUGAAUUUUUUAAAGAAUGUCGAUAUUUUUGGGGUUCCUUUUGUAUAAAGUAUUAAUCAACAACAAACAGUAUUCAAAAGUGCAUUAGGGGGAUUUCUAAGUCUAAUAAUUUGUACCGCAAGUUUGGCUUAUGGAUUUUGGGUAUUCUAUCUAUGGAAUAGCAACUAAAUGAGUCCAAAGAUUUCUAAUUCAAGGUAUGUUUCAGAUUAUUAAUCACUGGAUUAUAAUUCAGGAAAAAUCACUCUAUAUUAUGAAGCUUAUGAAGGUUUGAUUGAUCCUUUCAAAUCUAAAAUUUUAUUACCUUUAGUAAUGUAUACUGAUUAUUAUGCUCCAACUGAACCUAUGAUAAUUGAAAAUUAUACAGAAUCAACAUUUGGGAACUUGUACAUACCUAAACUAGAUUUUGGUUAUUCCUAUGCAGAUGGAUACUUACAAACAUCGAAAUAAAUGUAUAUAUUUAUAGCAUUGUGCUAAGAAAAGUAUUUGAAACCAGAUGAAAAAUGUGCUUCUUCUGAACUAAAAGAAUAAUUUUUUAAGUAACAAAUUAAUUACUUCGGUCUAUAAGUUUACUCAACAGCUUUGGAUUCCAGGGAUGGAUCAGAAUAAAUGACAGUUUAAGAUAUUUAUAUUGAAAUUGAAUAAUAGAGUUGCUAUAAUAUAAAUACAUUUCUUGAAACAAACAAAUAUGAAGUAGAAGAUUAUUUAUUAUUUGGAACAUCCAAAAUAAAAGAAUAUAUAAGUGGAGCAUAAGUAUAAACUUAAACCCUUUCAGCAGAAAGGUGUAAAUUAACACAUUAAAAUGAAAUUCUAGCAGCAAUAUAUAUUACAAUGAACGGAACUUAAACAAAAACUAUAUUUUAAUAUCCCCAUCUAGGAGAUCUAUUAGCAAAUAUUGGAUCUAUUAUAUCUAUACUAUUUAUGAUGAAAUAUAUAAUUAUCUACUUAAAUUAACACUCUUUAAAUUAAAAAGUAAUAACAGAAUUAAUAAAUUUUUAUUAUCCAGAGUUUUAGAAUAUUAAGAUCAUCAAGAAUUGGAGAUAAUAAAUAAUCAAAAUAAGUCUAAAUCAAAUAGAGGUAGAUAAGAAAGCAUAUUUACAAUUAUAUGAUAAGGUUUAAAGGUAAAUGCGAUAAAAGCUUAGUUAUAUGAAUUUAUUAUAUGAAAUAUCAAGACUUUAUCUCUUAAUAAGAUCAUUUAAAUUUAGAGAAGAAAUAUUAAAAUCCCAUUCAAUUGGUAUUAAAUUACAUCUUCCAUUUGUAACAGAAGAUGGUUUUUCAAAUUUCAAGUCAACUUAACGAUUCAAUAUAAAAAGGGAGCCUCUUAUUCUGAAUGAGGAUGAUGCUGAGCUUUUAUCUAUUGAAAGGAAAGGAAUCUAAAAGGAAAUUGUCACCAUUCCUGAUGAAAUCUAGGAUGAAGAAGAUUAUUACAAUCUAAAUAAGUUUUUUUGA